AUGGGCCUUGCGCUUCCCCUCAAUUCCGACAUCGCACACCAGCUACCAGCAGCCACGAAUGACAUCCCGGACGGUGCAUCUUUGGCCUCCAACCUCUUCAGUAUGACGCCCCUCAGUGCCGCUCCCGGCGCACGCUUCUUGUCUCUUGCCCUUGAGCGGCCUGGUUCAGAUCGUGUUCCGUCCGUGCUUGGCAUUGGCCGCCACCCCUCCAAGCUUGUGUCCGACCCAAACAAGAUCGAGUACGCAAGUGUUGUGUCUUCCAAUGUUGGUGCAACCUUCUGGCAGGCGCGCGUGACGGCUAUCACUGUGUACGUCGACGACAAGCCACUGCCGAUCUCCCUCCCCCACUCUGUUGUUCCAGGCGCAUCUGCGCCCAGUGCCAUCCUCGACUCUGGUGUCCCCCUCAUCGUCACGACCACGCAGAUCGCGGAUGCGAUCUAUGGUGCAUUGGGCGUCGGCCCAGCGAACGACGGAAACUACUACCUCCCGUGCACUACAGCGCUCAACGUCUCCGUUCAACUCGACUCUCGUUCUGAACUAUUUCUCCAUCCCCUAGACCUCACGACAUAUCCCUUGAACGGCGGACCCUCAGAUAAUUGCAUCGGUCUCAUUCAGACACCCGCGUCGAUCCCUGGGGCCAACUUUGGCACUCUGGCCGACAUCAUCUUGGGUGUCCCCUUCCUGCGCAAUACUUACUUCGUCAUGGCUUAUGACCCGCCGCUCCCGAACGGUACCUUCCCCGCAAAUUCCGCGAACUCGAAUAGCGUCGAUGACGUCCGUCCGCGAUUGGGCUUGAUGAAUCUGACCGACCCGGUCGUCGCCGCGGACGAGUUCUAUCAAGUGCGCGUACUCAAGCAACCGUUGGGUAACGCGGUUCCUCCCACGGCCUCGCAUGGUAAGGGCCUGUCUGUAGGCGUGAAGGUCCUCUUCGCCCUCCUCGGGUUUGUCGUUCUGUGCAUCGUGCUAUUCGCCGCGCGGUGGGCAUACAUGAGGCGGAAGUAUAGGCGCGAGGGCGCCAAUGCCGACGCCUUCGAUGGCAAUAGCAAAAGCACCGCGUACGCCUUGAACGCGCUUGGAUCCCGCAAAACGCGCUCCGGAGAGCCGACGGAGGAUGAGCUCCGACUGCAGCGGUUUGAAGAGUAUAAGCGGCGUCAAAUGGGCUCACAGUACACGGAUGACUCCAGUAGCACUACCGUCGCGGACGCGGCGUAUGGCAAGAGAGGUGCGGACGAGUUCGGUCUGUUGAAGCUCGCCGACGCUCCCGGGACACCUCUCAAGGACUACUUCGACCCUUACGACGACACGCUCGUGGCUAGUCCGGCGCCGGAUCAUCUUCAAAAGCAGAGCCCUACCAUCGAUCAUCUCUCGCCCCUUCCCCGCACCGCACGGCGCUCCGACCUAUCGCCCCGCUCUAUGCACCAUCGGACGCCGAGCGGCGGCCCCAGCUCCGACAUGCCUCUUCUCGCUCAUGCCCACGUGGACUCCAGUGCGCAAUUCCGUGAUUCGACGUUCACGGAGUUCGGGAUGGAAUCCAUAUCGGGUACACCGAACAGUAUGGUUGGUAUCGGGCGGAGGCGAUUAAGCAGCAUGGCAGGUAGUCCGAUGAGUCCCGAAUCUCGAGACGAAUACUUCCCUCGCGUGGCGCCGUAUCAUUCGCAUGGGAGGUCGGGCAGCGCGGCGAGCGUCACCAUGAGAGGCAGCCCGCCACGUAGUCCUGUCGCGAUCCCUGCGCCUGUGUUUGCAGUCGAGCCAGCGGCGGCGUCCGAGCGCGUAAUGGACCCUUCGCAAAAUGUUUCGCGCAUGUCCGUCACUGGACACGAGACCGAGACGUGA